GUUCCGAGGCUCCCGGGACCUUGGGGAGCUCCGAGCCCUCCCCCGGGGUGGCAGAGGAGGAGGGAGGAGGGCUGCCCGGGGCCACUCGGGCCUCAUCUUCGGCCUGGUGGUCGCCAUGCUGCUGGAAACCGAGCUGGGUAGAGACAGAGAUCGGCCCGGGGCCCCCGGGGCCGCUGCCGUCUGCACCUUCGGUGGGACUCGGGAGAUCCCGCUGUGUGCCGGCUGUGACCAGCACAUCCUGGACCGCUUCAUCCUCAAGGCGCUGGACCGCCACUGGCACAGCAAGUGUCUGAGGUGCAGCGACUGCCACGCGCCCCUGGCCGAGCGCUGCUUCAGCCGCGGAGAGAGCGUCUACUGCAAGGACGACUUCUUCAAGCGGUUCGGGACCAAGUGCGCCGCGUGCCAGCUGGGCAUCCCGCCCACGCAGGUGGUGCGCCGCGCCCAGGAUUUCGUGUACCACCUGCACUGCUUCGCCUGCGUCGUGUGCAAGCGGCAGCUGGCCACGGGCGACGAGUUCUACCUCAUGGAAGACAGUCGGCUCGUGUGCAAGGCGGAUUACGAGACGGCCAAGCAGCGCGAGGCAGAGGCCACGGCCAAGCGGCCGCGCACGACCAUCACGGCCAAGCAGCUGGAGACGCUGAAGAGCGCCUACAACACGUCGCCCAAGCCCGCGCGCCACGUGCGCGAGCAGCUCUCGUCCGAGACCGGCCUGGACAUGCGCGUCGUGCAGGUGUGGUUCCAGAACCGCCGCGCCAAGGAAAAGCGACUCAAGAAGGACGCCGGCCGGCAGCGCUGGGGCCAGUACUUCCGCAACAUGAAGCGCGCCCGCGGCGGCUCCAAGUCCGACAAGGACAGCGUCCAGGAGGAGGGGCAGGACAGCGACGCCGACGUCUCCUUCACCGAUGAGCCGUCCAUGGCCGAGAUGGGCCCUGCCAGCGGCCUCUACAGCAGCCUGGGGGAGCCCACCCCAGCCCUGGGCAGGCCCGCGGGAGCCCCGGGCAGCUUCCCGCUGGAGCACGGAGGCCUGGCCGGCCCGGAGCAGUACCGGGAGCUGCGGCCCGGCAGCCCUUACGGUGUCCCCCCGUCCCCAGCUGCCUUGCAGAGCCUCCCUGGCCCCCAGCCCCUUCUCUCCAGCUUAGUAUACCCAGAUGCCGGCUUGGGCCUGGUGCCCGCAGGGGCCCCAGGUGGGCCCCCGCCCAUGAGGGUGCUGGCAGGAAACGGACCCAGCUCUGACCUGUCCACGGGGAGCAGCGGGGGCUACCCCGACUUCCCUGCCAGCCCUGCCUCCUGGCUGGACGAGGUGGACCACGCUCAGUUCUGACCGAGGCCCCCGGCUCCCCCGAGCGCCGGCCCUGAGGGGUGAGGGCUGCGGUGCCGCCCCACCCCCCACCCCCGGCUGGGUGGCCUGGAGCCGCACGGCCCUCCUUUCCCGAAGUCCUGGACCUCCGCGGGAUGCAGGUGCCACCGGCAGCAGUGGGGGGCAGGAUGAGGGCCUCGAGAGAGGGCCACACCCCGCAGCCCCUCCCUCGGGCGCAGAGGGCGUCCCCCU